CAAAUACUUGCGGUGAGGGCAAUCCUGUCGUACCAACCAUAUCGGCGUAUUGUUACCAGCGGGUGUUCGCAAACCAGCAUACACAAACCAGGGAUUAUAACGAUUGAUACUACGCUGGAAGCUUCUCGACCCGGGGCCCAACGAUAUGGACUUGGCUGGAACAGGGUACGUGGGGAACUUGUUACCACGCCAGUCAAAGGGUGACAGCAUUUGAAUUGGUGUCGCUCUCACUAUUCGCGGUGCGAUCAUGUGCAAGAGGACCGUAGAAGCAUGAUGCGCAGUGGUAUUGAGCCGGGCAGUGCAGUUCUCUUUGACAGACGUGAUGGAUGAUUCUUCGUUGUCUGAUAAGAGAGCGACACAGCUGCCACGGAACGUUGGACAUUCCCCUGCUGGCUCAUCGCUGUGAUGGGAGCGAUCGACGACUCUGAGUCGUACAUUCAGACUGUAAAUCUAGGAUCUGCGCUGUACUACUCUGUCACAGCCCUUUGUUGCUACGACUACUGUCUCACUCUGGGCGACGAAAUACAAUACAUCUGGGCAAGCAAACGGACAUUGUCCGUCCUCUUAUUCUGUGGCUUCAGAUAUCCUGCAGUCUUCAACACCAUAUUCGUCGUCCUCGGUGCAAAUGCCUUCCCAAGCUGGCAAUCAGAAUACAGGUCAGACCACGAAGGCUCUGAAGACUUUGUGCUUAUCUGAACACGGAGCAGCUGUCAGAUUCUCGUUCGAACACAGAUGGUCCUCACUGUUGUGUUGCUGACAAGUGCAGCAGUAUUCACGGCCUUGCGGGUAU